AAAUAUUCCGUCCGCUGCACAAAAGUUCCCAAAGUUUCUUCAAUGAAACGAAGAUGGCAGCCGGAAGUGACAUGUCAUACACAUGGAUGUACGGCCAUUCACAAUCAAGGAACAGCCCAUCACUGACGAAGCACUGGCUAAGCAGAGUAGCACUGGAGGGCAUCCGCAACAUACAAUGCACGGUCAGCGCUAAAUGACCACUGAAAAGUAAAUCAAAGAGAGGAGGAGGAGAGUAGCCGCUUGUUGCGGACCUACCCCAAGAUGACAGAGGGCCACGUGGAUGUGGGCACGCAGACGGAGCCUGUGGUGGUGCUAUCUCUGGCUCAGGCUGCCGUUCUUGGCCUCAUCUCCCAGAAUGAAAUCUUUGGGGCCACUAUUGCUCCUAAUGGCUUUUACAAGGGGGAGCCCAGAGAGUGCCCCCCUCCUCCACCUGAGGCAAUGGAGUAUGAGUAUGCAGAUCAGCUAAUAGGGGCCAACGGGGACUACCUAGCUGAGCCCGCUGGGGAGCCGGAGCCCCAGCCCCACUGCAGUGAGAGAAAACGGCCUGGGCCCCGUGGGAGGACAAAGAGGCCCAGGAGUGAGGAGGGUCACCCACACAAAGUAGCAAGUCCACAGGCUCAGGUUAAAGGUGAACGGCUUGAGUCUGAUACCCCUCCAUCCUGCAUUCACAUGAACAGUAGGCGAAGUCCUGGCAAGUCAGAGGAUCCAGUCACCCAACAAGGUUCUCUAAAAGAGGAGCAGGCCUGCGGAAACUGUCUCUCAUGUGUGAGCGAUACACCCAGGUCACAAACAGAUAGACAGCCAGAACAGGAAGAAGAAGAAAACACUGGUAGAGAAAGAGAGAGGAAGGAAGAAGACUUGGUGGUGGAGGAAGAAGAAGAGGAAGAGGCACUAAACCUCAAGACAAGUGGUGACACUGGCAGUUCUCUGGAGAGCCGCUAUUAUGAGUCCAAUGAGGUGGCCUACGAGUCCGCUGACAUGGCCCUGCCAGGAGAAUAUGAGGAGAACGGCCAGGCCAUGCUGUGGUCAGACCCAGAGGGCCUUGCCAGGCGAAUGCAGAUCGACCGGCUGGACAUUAACGUACAGAUCGACGAGUCUUACUGCGUAGAUGUGGGAGAGGGUCUGAAACGCUGGAAGUGCCGCAUGUGUGAGAAGUCAUACACAUCCAAAUACAACCUUGUCACUCAUAUUCUGGGCCAUAACGGAAUUAAGCCCCAUGAAUGUCUACACUGUGGAAAGCUCUUCAAGCAGCCGAGUCACCUCCAGACUCACCUGCUCACCCACCAGGGAACCAGACCUCACAAGUGCACCGUUUGUGAGAAGGCCUUCACGCAGACCAGCCACCUGAAGCGGCACAUGCUGCAGCAUUCGGACGUCAAGCCCUACAGUUGCCGCUUCUGUGGCCGCGGCUUUGCCUACCCUAGCGAGCUGAGGACCCACGAGAACAAACAUGAGAACGGUCAGUGCCAUGUCUGCACCCAGUGUGGUCUCGAGUUCCCAACCUACGCCCACCUGAAGCGUCACCUGGCCAGCCACCAGGGCCCGACCACAUACCAGUGCACAGAGUGCCACAAGUCCUUUGCUUACCGCAGCCAGCUGCAGAACCACUUGAUGAAACACCAGAACGUGCGGCCCUACGUUUGCCCUGAAUGCGGCAUGGAGUUUGUCCAGAUCCACCACCUCCGACAACACGCUCUCACUCAUAAGGGUAUGAAAGAAUUCAAGUGUGACGUCUGUGCCAGAGAGUUCACCCUGUCUGCCAACCUGAAGAGACACAUGUUGAUUCAUGCCAGUGUGAGGCCCUUCCAGUGCCACGUCUGCUUCAAGACCUUUGUCCAGAAGCAGACCCUUAAAACGCACAUGAUUGUCCACCUGCCGGUCAAGCCUUUCAAAUGCAAGGUGUGCGGAAAGUCUUUCAACAGAAUGUACAACCUCCUCGGCCACAUGCACCUCCACGCCGGCAGCAAGCCCUUCAAGUGCCCUUACUGCACCAGCAAGUUCAACCUGAAGGGCAACCUCAGCCGACACAUGAAGGUUAAACACGGCAUCAUGGACACCUCAAUAGACGGACAAGAACCCCCCCAGGACACAGAUGGCCAGGAGGACUACGAAGAGGAGAGCUUUGAAUUCAGCGAGCGAGAAAACCGAGCUAACAACAACAACACACCAGACAUUGCUAAACUAUCUCAAAUGGAGUAUUACAGCACCUAUGGGAAGGGCGCAGGGCGCUUCAGCACUGCGUGAAUUAUUGAAAUGACCCAAAAUUGAAAAUAAGUUUGAACUUAUAAAAAUGGAUUGUUUUUUUUGUGUUUGCUUUUAAAAGGCAUUGUGCUUGGGUUGUUCUUUGAGUGUGCAAAGAAACCCAGCAAACUGCACAUUCAUAUGCACUGGAAUCACUCGUAAUGCUACAGAAUUUGGAAAUGUACGCUUCUAACUUUAUUACAUAUUUUUCAUCUCUAAAACACUGAAUAAAUAUAUUAUAUUUGAGAAAAGUGGACCAUCUAAAAGAGGAGCAUUUAAGUUAAAAAAUAUCUUUAUAAAUACAUAGAUAUUGUCAGUUGCUUAAAAACAGGAUUAUCUGAGCCGGAUUUAAAAAGAACAUUUUUAAGCAUAAAAGAAUAUGGUGAUGUUAUACUGUACUUGCUCAUUCAGACAAUCCCGGUCUCUCUCAGUCUGCUGGGGUAAACUAAUGUGAAGGGAACAGUUUAUUUCACUUGCCAAAGCUUAUCAAGUUGCAGAGGUUAAUGAUUCACUUUGAUUUAUACUGUGAUAAUUUAAAUUUAAAGUCUGCAGAAUGAGUUAAAUUCCAUUGGAUUUCCAAUCCGUGUUUUAUUGUAUAAUACUGUACAGAAUGCAUCAGUCCUCUUGUAUGUUGGCUGGUACUGUAAUUAGUGCGUUGCACUGAGGACCACUGUGUCUACUCUUUAUGUUUCUGAAUUAACAAGCAUCACCCUGUAGUCUAUGAAUGUAAUUGUUUCUGUGGAAUGUUUUAAGACUAAUCAAAAUACCUUUUUUUUUUAAAUGGUAGGACCCCUUUACCAAAGAAUUGGAUCAAAUCUUGCAGCUACAGGGACUGUAAGUCUCUUUUCCUUGCUGUUGUGUUGAGCUGGGACAUUGGAUUUCUUGGGGUCCAAUCGCAGACCUCAUGAAAUUACAUUCAGGUUUCCCUCCCACCCAUCUGUAGAUCUCCUCAAAAGAUUACCACAGAGAACAGGCUGUGGUACAGCUUCUCUUUCAACAAUCCUCACCAUUUCCCUCAUCCAGGCCUUCACGAGACAAGACUGCAGCAUUUUUCCAAAAGCAAUGCAAACCCUGCAUUCAUAUUGCAGUUCUGUUUUUUUAUGGAUGAAUCUCAACAAGAAGUGUCCCAAAAAAAAACUCGAGACACAAAUAUUAAGUGCCCCAGUGUGUCUGCAAGAGCAUGCCAUCCAUCAUGCUGUACUCUGGUCUCAAGUGAUGAACGACAGCCUCCCAACAUGUGACAGGGCCACGGACCUUGUGGAAAAUGAUUUGGGAAAUGCUCAAUAUAUUCAGUUUCCCAGUGCUUAGCUUUUCAAACUUCUAACCUGCAAAACAAGGUAUCCAUUUGCGAUGUUGGUAUAGCGCAUUUAAAAUACUGUAAGAAUGCUCAAUUUUGUGAGUUUUUCAGCUUCUGUGUUCAUUCCAUCACUGUUUUAGUGGUGAUACAAAAAGGGGAAGACGUUCAUCUUAAAUGGCUUUCUGUAUUAGACUUUAGUGUGGAGAUAAUGUGGAUAGAAAUGUAUGUAAAAUGUUGUGUACCAAACAAUACUGUAAAAUAA